CCUCCUCCUCCUCCUCCUCGGAGUUGGGAAGACUCGUGGAUGCGCCCGGGCUGGGGCUGGGCUUUCUCUCUCCUCGCUCUCGGUUGCAGCGCCCGGGAAGGGGCACCCCGCGCCCCCCGGACCCGGGCUCGGCGCGCGCGGACCUGCGGGACCUGGCCCUCGCCGCUGCCGUGUUUUUCAUUUUUUCGUCCCCCCACCCCACCCCGCGCUGUGUUCCUGUUUCCGAGCCGCCCCCUUUCGCGAUGAACAAACUGUACAUCGGGAACCUGGGCGAGGACGCGGCGCCCGCGGACCUCGAAAGUAUCUUCAAGGACGCCCAGAUCCCGGUGUCGGGGCCCUUCCUGGUGAAGGCGGGCUACGCCUUCGUGGACUGCCCGGACGACGGCUGGGCCCUCAAGGCCAUCGAGGCGCUCUCAGGUAAAACGGAACUGCACGGGAAGCCCAUCGAAGUUGAGCACUCGGUCCCAAAACGGCAGAGGAUUCGGAAACUUCAGAUACGAAAUAUCCCGCCUCACUUACAGUGGGAGGUGCUGGAUAGUUUACUAGUCCAGUAUGGAGUGGUGGAGAGCUGUGAGCAAGUGAACACUGACUCGGAAACUGCAGUCGUAAAUGUAACCUAUUCCAGUAAGGACCAAGCUAGACAAGCCUUGGACAAACUGAAUGGCUUCCAGCUGGAGAACUUCACCUUGAAAGUAGCCUACAUCCCCGAUGAGAUGGCCACGCCACAGAACCUCCUGCAGCAGCCGCGAGGCCGCCGGGGACUUGGUCAGAGGGGCUCAUCCAGGCAGGGGUCCCCGGGAUCAGCGUCCAAACAGAAACCCUGCGACCUGCCCCUACGCCUGCUGGUGCCUACCCAGUUUGUUGGAGCCAUCAUAGGAAAAGAAGGCGCCACCAUUCGGAACAUCACCAAGCAGACCCAGUCUAAAAUUGACGUGCACCGCAAGGAGAACGCGGGGGCCGCCGAGAAGUCCAUCACGAUCCUCUCCACCCCCGAGGGCACCUCUGCGGCUUGCAAGUCGAUUCUGGAGAUCAUGCAUAAGGAAGCUCAAGACACAAAAUUCACAGAAGAGAUCCCCUUGAAGAUUUUAGCCCAUAAUAACUUUGUAGGCCGUCUUAUUGGUAAAGAAGGAAGAAACCUUAAAAAAAUUGAGCAAGACACAGACACUAAAAUUACAAUAUCUCCAUUGCAGGAACUGACGCUGUACAACCCGGAACGCACCAUCACAGUCAAAGGCAGCGUGGAGACGUGUGCCAAAGCCGAGGAGGAGAUCAUGAAGAAAAUCAGGGAGUCCUACGAAAACGACAUCGCCUCCAUGAACCUGCAAGCACAUUUAAUCCCGGGCCUGAAUCUGAACGCCUUGGGUCUGUUCCCGCCCACGCCAGGGAUGCCGCCGCCCACCCCUGGGCCCCCGUCCGCCAUGGCGCCGCCCUACCCGCCCCUGGAGCAGUCGGAGACGGAGACGGUGCAUCUGUUCAUCCCCGCGCUCUCGGUGGGCGCCAUCAUCGGCAAGCAGGGCCAGCACAUCAAACAGCUUUCUCGCUUUGCAGGAGCCUCCAUUAAGAUCGCUCCCGCCGAGGCCCCAGAUGCUAAGGUACGGAUGGUGAUUAUCACGGGACCUCCGGAGGCGCAGUUCAAGGCUCAGGGAAGAAUUUAUGGAAAAAUUAAAGAGGAAAACUUUGUUAGCCCUAAAGAAGAGGUGAAACUUGAAGCUCAUAUCAGAGUGCCGUCCUUUGCUGCUGGCAGAGUGAUUGGAAAAGGAGGCAAAACGGUGAAUGAGCUCCAGAAUUUGUCAAGUGCGGAAGUAGUUGUACCUCGUGACCAGACGCCUGAUGAGAAUGACCAAGUGGUUGUCAAGAUAACUGGUCACUUCUACGCUUGCCAGGUUGCCCAGAGGAAAAUUCAGGAAAUUCUGACUCAGGUAAAGCAGCACCACCAGCAGAAGGCGCUGCAGAGUGGACCAUCCCAGGCAAGGAGGAAGUGACGGCUCGGGAAGCAGCCCAGCACAGAGGCAGAUGCCAAACCAAAGACAGAUCGCCUAACCACAGCCGGGCACGGACCCGCUCCAGAACCACAUGCACAAGUUUGUACCCAGCCAGUUGUUUCUGAGGACCAGGCAACUUUUGAACUCCUGUCUCUGUGAGAAUGUAUACUUUAUGCUCUCUGAAAUGUAUGACACCCAGCUUUAAAAAAAAGAAAAUGGGGGUGGGAUGGGAGAGAAGAGCUCUGCACUUCCCUGUGUGUGUAGCCUCAUGUUGUAACAGACAUUCUAAGUUUUCCUGAUAGUCCGCUAGAGUGCCAGGAAUUGGCUUAAUGGUGCAUCACUAAAUUCAUCAGAUAAAUUUUAAAAAUAGAUUGCUCCUAAAUCCAACUGCUAAAAUUGGAUUGGAAUAGAAUUAUCACAGGAACUUAAAUGUUAAGCCAUUAGCAUAGAAAAAACUGUUCUCAGUUUUAUUUUUAUCUAACACUAACAAGAAUAACGUAAGGGAAGUGCUGAAUGGUGUUGGCAGGGGUAUUAAAUGUGCAUUUUUACUCAACUACCUCAGGUAUCCAGUAAUACAAUGAAAAGCAAAAUUGUUUCUUCUUUUGAAAAUUUUAUAUACUUCAUAAUGCUAAGUCCAACUGUUUUUUAUGAAAUUUAAAAUUUAACAGCUAACAGGAAAAUAAUUGAGCAAAGACUUACUUCUUGCUGGUGACAGUAAUGCUGGAAAAUUUCAGGUUUUUUGAGGCUUUUGACAGUUACUAGUUGGAAAAUCCAAUAAAUGUUCAAAGAUACAGAGCAGUGCCUAUAUUUGGAGAGCAGCAAUACCAUUUCUUGUUUCAUUUAGAGCUGGGAAGUUUCUGAUGGUACUCACGAGGUGGUGGCAGGAGGCUUUGGGACGGCUGGUUUAAAUGGCUUCAGAAGACUUCAGGUUUUGUUUAGCUACGUGACUGAAUGCAUUAACGCUCUGUGCUUUUCACUACCACUGCCUUAUGGUGACCGCUGAGAGAAGCAGGACCUUACGCCGACUGGCAGAGGCAGGGCUCAGCUUGUCUGAAAGGAUGUACACCUGCUGGUCUACACCUGGAGAAGGUCAAGGGCGUAGUCAGAGAUGGUGUGACAGUGUCUAGAAGGCUGCAGAGGGCUAUGUCUCCGUACGCCCUGGCACUGUCUUGAGCCUCACUAAGGUGUUUUGAAGAUUUUUUAAGCAAUGAUUUAGAAAGUGAAAGUCCACCUAAAUAUUACAUAAAAUGUAGCAGGAUUUCUAUAUACUCUGCAAGUUAUUUGAAAAUAAGUCAAAAGGUAGAGAAUACAAGAAAACGGUUUUUGGAAUGUAACUGAAUGACUGUGAAAACUCGACCUCUGAUACUGAACUCAUCUGCCCAUUCCUUAAUGGCAGAGCCCAGGACGUACAAUGGUGUGGGUGUGGGUGGUCUUGAAGGCCACACUGCUCUCUGAAUUUUUUUUUUUUUUUGCUUUUGUUCAUAAGAUGAUCACAGUCAUAUUAUACUGAUGGGCAUAUGUAAUGCUUUAGAAAUCAUUUGCCUCAUUCAUACUCAAGAUGAAUUUCUACAGACUAGAUAUUUUCUGAAGAUCAGCGUAUCAGUUAGACACUUGGAAAAUUAUUUGAAAUGUUUUCCUAAAUAAUUUCAGAAAACCAGUUUAUUUUGUAGUGUUAGCCAAAAAGUGCCCUUUUUGUCAAUAAAUUCACCUUGCAUUCAUAAUUUUCAUACAAUGAAUGAAAAAUUGCUAAAAAAAAAUCAUGGACUGGCUUACUGGUUGGAUUUCAGAGAAGAUGUUGAAGUCCAGAGCUGUUCCUCAACAUUUGAUUUUUCCAAUAUUUGAUUUUUUUUUUUUUAAAUACAGAUAGGUGCUGGUUUAAAUUCUGUCAUGUUUCACUUCUAGUCUUUUAGUGUGGCAAAUCAUUUUAUUUUCACUUAAGCAUUGAUAAUUUGGAGUAUGUGGUACUAGCUAAGAAGUAAUUCUGUGAUUAUUUUGUACUCACUGUACAUGGAUCAUUUCUCAUCUAUAAUGUGCCCCAAACGCAGCUUCAUUUUCCAGAUACCUUGAUGCAGAAUAAAGGUUUUCAUCAUUA